AAAAUGAAUCCACGAGGUGUCUUGGGUUAUCUGCAUUUGCUUGUCACCAUUGGUUUUGUUCCAGUAUGUUUGUGUGCCCAAGGACGAUAUGCAUACAAGCUUCUGAAUGACUUAUUUGUGAAUUACUCCAAAGCACUGAGACCCGUGGAAGACACAGACAACAUCAUUAACGUCACGCUGCAGAUCACUCUGUCACAGAUCAUUGAUAUGGAUGAAAGAAACCAGAUUCUGACAACAUACCUGUGGAUUCGUCAGGUGUGGUUUGAUGCCUACCUCACCUGGAAUAAGACAGACUAUGAUGGACUUGAUACCAUCCGUAUACCUAGUAGUUAUGUAUGGAGACCCGAUAUUGUCCUAUAUAACAACGCAGAUGACCAGUUCUCCAGCUCUUUGGAGACUAACGUAGUGAUCCGCCAUGACGGCCAAAUCAUGUGGGACCAGCCGGCGAUAACCAAGAGUUCAUGCAAAGUGGACGUAUCGUUCUUCCCUUUCGAUGUGCAGCAGUGCCGCCUCACUUUCGGAUCCUGGACGCACAACGGCAACCAGAUGGACCUUCAUAACGCCCUGGACAGUGCUGAUUUAGCAGACUUUGUGGAGAACGUGGAGUGGGAGGUUCUGGGAAUGCCUUCCAAGAAGAACAUCAUUCUGUAUGGUUGCUGCUCAGACCCAUAUCCAGAUAUCACUUUCACACUUCACUUGAAAAGAAGAGCUUCCUUUUAUAUCUUCAAUCUUCUCAUACCCUGCAUGAUGAUCUCCUUCCUGGCUCCGCUGGGCUUCUACCUGCCGGCUGAUUCUGGAGAGAAAGUAUCUCUAGGGGUCACAGUGUUACUGGCCCUCACGGUUUUCCAGCUGCUUGUCGCUGAAAGCAUGCCUCCUUCAGAGAACGUGCCGCUUAUUGGGAAAUAUUACAUUGCCACAAUGACCAUGAUUACAGCGUCUACAGCCUUGACCAUCUUCAUUAUGAACAUCCACCACUGCGGACCAGAUGCCCGACCCGCUCCUGCAUGGGUCAAACGUUUUAUCCUGCACUACCUGGCUCGAAUCUGCUUUGUCUAUGAUGUGGGGGACAGCUGUCUGUCUGCUCGCACAGACAAACAAGCCCAGAAGGAAACCAACUAUGCUGUAAACGGCCGAGCCAGGGGUGAGGACUUUGCUCUGAGGGUACGAGGCAUUUCGGCCAGUGAAGGGUGUCCACAGAAGACCACCACAGACAAAUCAAAUGAAGACGUCAGUCCAACCCUAUCUACUGGAAAAGAGACUAAUGGUGGUUUGACGGAUAGUACACGUGUAGGCAUUGACCCUGGAGAGAUACGAGGAGCAACAGAAGGUUGUGGAGGUAGAGCAUGUGAGAACGGAGGAGGUAGGAAAGAGUCAGUGAAUAAGAGAGAGAUAGUUAUUGAAAGUCAGUGUAAAUGCCAUCACCAAACCCUCUUGAGGAACAUUGAGUACAUCGCCAGCUGUUUUUAUGAUCAGAGGGCCACACAGAGACGCAACGGGGAGUGGCGGAAAGUCGCCAAAGUCAUGGAUCGCUUCUUUAUGUGGAUAUUCUUCAUCAUGGUCUUCUUCAUGAGUUUGCUUAUUAUAGGAAAAGCUGUCUGAGAGUCAGAAGGAAAUGAUAUGUCUGUACAACUAAAUUACUCUAUUUACAGUUUAAUGUGCUCUAUACUUUUCAUAAGUAGAAGUCAAGACAUUUUAACAUAAGCAAGUCAUAGCAACUUAUAAAUCAAGUUAAAGGGAUAGUUCACCCAAAACGUUUUGAGGAAUGUUUGUAAACAAACAGUUUGUGAGCUCCUUUCACUUCCAUAGUAUUUAUUUUUCCUACUAAGGAAGUGAAAGGGGCAUAUGAUCAGUUUAAAAAUACAAACAUUCCUCAAAAUAUCUUCCUUCAUGUUCAUCAGAACAACGAAAUGUAUACAAGUUUGUAACAACAUGAGAGUGAGUAAAUGAUGUCAGAAUGUUCAUUUUUAGGUGAACUAUCCCUUUAACUUGUUUUUAUGAGUUAUAGUAACUCAUCAGUAGUCAUAAUUUAACAUAUUACGUU